AUGGAUUCGUAUAGGUCUAGAAAUGGCCGCCGCAAUGGUGGCGGUGGUGGUGGAAACCACGGCCAAGGCGAUAACGAUAAUUAUCGGCAAUCCGACGACCGCUACUCCAAGUCUUCCCAGAGCUACGGCGCCAGCGAUAGCUACCGACCAGACUUUCGACCGCCCCGGGGCGACUUCACCUUUCGUGUUGCUAACCCUGCUGGGAUCCUCCCCUACCGCCUCCGUCUGGUCCUUCGGGCUAUCGAGGGCGGCCCCGCGGUCAUAGGGACGGAUAUCGUGGCCGCAACCCCGAUUCCCUCCCCGGUCGUGUUGGGUGGCGAUGAUACUGGUGCCCAGUACAAGGACGUUGACCAGCUGACGGAUGACGAGGAGCAUGAUAUGGAAAUAUCGGAUAGCGACGCCAGCCAACCUGCGCAACCAUCAUCGAAACGCGCCCGCCGCCAAUUGCAGGUAACGGACACGGACGCCAACGUCCCCAAGUGGUCAAAUCCGGACCCUUACACGGCGUUACCACCCCCGGACCCGUCUCAGAGAAAGAAGGUGGACGUAGUACAACUCAUAAGGAAAGCUCGUGUCGAGGCUGACGAGGAUACGCCCAAGCCCCUGGCCGAGCUUGACGAAUUCAUAUCCUUUGGAGGCGAUAGUGACCGAAGCGACGAGUCAGAGACGGACGACAGGGGUAGGAUACCCUCUAGAGCAUCCAAAGCAUCGAGUAUCACGGAUCGAGACUUCGGCGACACCCUCGGAACUCUGAUCCUCUUGGUUCGAGAAAGCGGACGCGGAGGUCUUACACCCGAAUGGGUGGCGCCGAGGGGACAGGACCCGUGUCCAUGGGCCGUUGUUGACCACUCUGCCACCCGCCAAAUGGGUGCCUGGCUACACAAAGAAGUAAUGGACUUUUACGAGCACUUCCGACCACGGCAGUUCGAACAGGACUUGCGACAGAAACUUGUCUCGCACCUUGACAAUUCGAUGAAGCGUGGAGGCAAUUUCUCCGGCUGCGAGAUCAAGGCGUUUGGCUCGUUCAUGUCAGGGCUGUACCUACCGCUUUCAGACAUGGACCUCGUCGUCUGCUCCUAUUCCCUGUUACGAACCGGCCGCGAAACCCAACGAUGCAUGGCGAAGAGUUUCCUGUACCGAUUCCGUAGAUUCCUGGAGACGGACAACAUCCCAUUCGCGGACUCAACGGAAGUGAUUGCUAAAGCCCGCGUACCGUUGGUGAAGUAUGUGGACAGGCUUACAGGAUUAAAGGUUGACGUCUCGUUCGAGAAUACUAGCGGCAUCAACGCCAUCGACACCUUUCUAGUCUGGAGGAAGCAGUUUCCGUCCAUGCCCAUCUUGGUGACCGUGGUCAAGCAGUUUCUGGUGAUGAGAGGUCUCAAUGAGCCGGUCAAUGGGGGCAUUGGAGGAUUCACGGUUAUUUGCCUGGUGGUCAGCCUCCUCCAACUAAUGCCGCAGGUGCAGAGCAGAAACAUGAUACCUGAGCAUCAUCUGGGCGAGAUCCUCCUGGAGUUCUUUGACCUCUACGGUAACAGGUUUAACUACGAGGAGGUGGCUAUUCGGAUGACACCUCCCGGCUAUGUUCCUAAGCACAAGGUGCAGAAUUUUCCCUACCGAAAUCUAGACCGGCUAUCCAUUAUCGACCCCAACAACUCGAGCAACGAUAUCUCGGGAGGUGGCCAGGAUGUCCGCCUCACAACGCAAGACGGCAAGCAUUCUCCAGCCUAUCCUAGGGGCAACUACAGCCCUUUCGAAACGCAGCGGGAGUUUAUGCGGCAGCUUUACGAGAAGACGUACGGCGCCUGCUCUGAAGAUGCGUACCAGUUCAAGUAA